UCUUCAAAUCAUAACUUUUCAAAAAGCUGUUGGGAAUUAUAUGCUGUCAUUUAUAUACAGGAGUUAUCAAUACAAAAUGACAAAGCCCUGUUCAUUUGAGGAGGUCAAAGUUUUGCUUGCAGCUGCCGUUUUGUUUCAGGUGCUUGUGAUGACUCCCGCUGUAAUGCUGCUUAAUAAUUUGAGGCAUCAUUUAAAGAAGAAACUAAGCAUGGUAAAGGGUUUAAUUAUGGAUGAAUGCCAUCAUGCGAGGAGUAACCACCACCCAUAUGCAUGCAUUAUGAAGACCAUGAGCAUUAUGAAGAAGAGCAACCGUGUUAUGUCCCAAGUGAAUUGGUCAAACCGUGCUCAAAUGAUGCUAAUGAUAAUAUUAUGUUGUAUCACCGGUACACAAUUGAGCUGAAUCAGAAUUUUGACAAUAAGAUUCCAGUUAAUGAUGUUGUGCUUUGUCUGAGAAGUAAGCUUGAUUGCGAUAUUACAAAUUGGAAUUCUGAGUUAGAAUUUGGCAGUGGUUGUUUAAAAGUGAACUUCAAAUAUAGUGGUGAGAUUCAAUUGAAUGCUGAGCAGGUAAUAUUUUCCCUUUCUUCAUAAGGUUUCUAGUUUAUGCAUUAAUGUGUUAGCGUUUCUGAUUAAUUUUAUCCGGUAGGUACUCACCUGUAGAAGAUUUCAAACCACAAUUUUCGGAAUUCUAAUUGAUCACAACUCGAAAAAGUUGAAGAAAUUUUAGUGUUCUUUGGGAGAAAAUCUUGGAUUUGUUUAUCUGCUGCUCCCAGGGACCAAAGUGAGGCCUUCUAUUAUUGAUUGGCAAUGUGUAGGGGUGGGCAACAAAUUUGCUUCCCAAUUAACAAUGUAUUCCCUUGUGAAGUAGUUAUCCGCAGAAGUUUUUCACUUCUCCUUGUUUUUAACAGGUGCUUGCAGAUAUUAUAGUCUCUAGCAGGGGAAAUUUACGUUGACUCUGGAUAUGAUUAGAAUAUUGUAUUUCAGAGUAUACGUCCUCUCUUAGAGCCAUUGGUUACUCCAGAAACGAUAAAACUCCAUCCUGUUAGAGAGCUGUAUGAACU